AUGGCACCAGCUGUGGCCCGGCUCCUGUUUCUCCAGCUUGUUCUAGGGCCAACUCUGGUUGUGGACAUCAAGGUGCAGAUUGCCAUCAAGAACUUCCGCAUAUUACACAUCGACUAUCCCCGGGUUAGCUACCCAAAGGGUUUCCAGGGCUAUUGUAAUGGUCUCAUGGCCUAUGUGCGGGGCAGAAAACAGAGCUGGUAUUGCCCCCAAAUCCAUUAUAUGGUGCAUGCCCCCUGGAGAGAGAUCAAGAAGUUCUGCAAGUACAGCGAUAGCUUCUGUGAGAAUUACAAUGAAUACUGUACACUCACAGAGGACUCCUUCCCUGUCACGAUCUGCUCUCUGGCCUCUAGACAGCCGCCCACGAGCUGCCACUACAAUGACACCCUAACCAACCAAAGGCUCUACCUGCUCUGUUCUGGAAAGCAUGAUGCUGAACCGAUAGGUAUCAUCGGCCUCUACUAG